AAAUCCUCUGCGGAAAAAGGACCUCUCGGCUCGGGCGCGAUCAAAGCUACUUGCAGUGGGCGAGCGGCUUCGUGAAUCGGCCGACGAUCUUCCACCUGUCUCCAACUUUUAUCACUAGCGUGACAAAUUGCUUCGUGCCUCGCUGUUGCAUUUUGCACUCGAGACACUGCACUACCGCCUGAAUUGCCGAAACCAAUCGAGUGCCACACACACAUUUCGAUCAGCGUCGUUUCGCGACUAGAGCUACAACUGACUGCUUGGUGUUAGACCAUUGCCAGCCAGUUCUUUAGAUAUUCAUUUUGCUUCGUCGCGAGUCGUUCCUAAUUUGGAUCGCCAUUGUGCCAACCGAUUGAGAACGGAAAAGAUCGCAAAACUCAUCCGAUGAAGAACCCGCUAAGCCCCAUCGAGGAGAGCAAGACGGCCAUGUGCCUGUCUCCACAGGACAAGAUCAAGAGCGCCGCAGUACAGCGCAACAAGCGCUCGCAUGCUGGUGGUGUGCUGACCGGUGCCAGUGACUCUAAGAAGGCUCGUCUGGACGGCAUGUUCAAGAACGAGUUCGAACUCGACCUGGACGGAUGGAUCAGCGACGACUACGUGCGCGCAAUGGACUUUGAUGACCGGCUGAACCAGGAUAUUGACUGGGUGGCCCACGACGAGAUGGACCUGACGCUGAGCAUGGACGCUCUGGCGCAGGACCACACGACGAGCGACGACGUCAACGAUUUCGGCUUCGGCUCUUCGUUCCUGCGCGGCGGCUUGGCCUUCGAGGACUCGGCGGACAUGGCUUCGACCUUCGUUGACCCGGCCUACAUCCGUUUGGAGUCAAGCACCACCAAGGACGCCGAGAAGCUCCUCAUGAGCUUCGACACCAUGAACUUCAAGAUCCCGUCCCCGACAAGUACUUCGAGCAAGAAGCGCACCAGCCUCUUCUCGGACAAGGACACUGACGCGAAACAGGUUAGUGACAAGACGACAACAGGUACCUCUGCUAGUUCCCUUGCAGCCAAUUCGGCUGCUGCUGAGGAGCUGCGCAAGGAGCAGGCUCGUGUAUCUGCAGCAAACAGCUCGACGUCGGCGGACUCGCUUCUCAGCGUUCUUAACGUCGGAGCGUCGACAGCCAAGCCCAACUCGACGGAGAAGAAGAUUGGCUCGUACAGCCCGGCAGCGCGCAAACUGCGUCUUCAGAAGUUCCACGAAAAGCGCAAAAACCGCACGUGGAAGAAGAGCAUCAAGUACGAUUGCAGGAAGAAAUUGGCUGACGAUCGCCCGCGUAUCAAGGGCCGAUUUGUGCGUGUGCUGGAGAACAGCGGCGACGCAAAGACUGGCACGGCCGCUCGCAGUGCUUUACCACCGAGCUCGACGUCCGCUGGGUACGCGUCUCCUACGUCUCCUACCGGCGCGAUGGCUCCACCGGCCAUGACGCCGGCAGCCAAACCUCAGGUGUCGGCAGUGCCUCGAGUGACGGCAACAUGUGCAAAGCCGCAGACCCCCGCAACUACUUCAGUGGCCAAGCCCGCACCCGUACCAACAGCGCCGGCAACAAGUGCAGCAGCAUUACCGUUCGCGCGUAUGAUCGCGAGUGUGUGACGCAUUUGUGGAGUUGGGAGGGUCUGAUGUAUGACAAGCUUCGCAAUGGGGCGAGACUAAGUAUGAUAUGAUAGUGUAGACAAAAGCUGGUUUUGGCGCAAUGUGGCCGAAGCUAAAGACAUCGCGGACGAAAGGAAUAUAACACCAAUCGCAGAGGUGAAAACACACCUAAUGCAGCGCGGCAAUUGCCGCCUGCAGCACUGCCGGCCCGUGAAGCGGUCGACACAUGUACGAACCGCGAGCCUCUGUAUCCAUCCAGGCAGCAGGUUUGGGCAACAGCAGUGCAAAGCUCUCAAACAUGCGCUGGCGCGUGCACUUACAAGAGCACGCACAACCAUCAGAACGUGUGCUGCCCAUCGGAGUUCCAUUGGCCAGAGAGAGCCGCUCGGCGUAAAUUGCGUUGCCGAGCUGAGACCACCGGAAAUGCAAGACUUGCUGGGUACGGUAAAGAAGGAUGCUUGAAGCAUGCAAAGAAAACACUUUUCCGGCUCAUUUGCAAGUCGUGACGGAGCCCGACGCAAUGCACAACAAAGACACGCAAUGUCGCUUCGUAUUUAACAGAACAAAGCACUU